UCAAGUAAUGUCAUCAUAUCUAAAUCCAAGACUCUCCUCACAGAAGAGACUGAGCACUCAAAGAGUGAAGAAGCACUGUCUGUACUGAGAUUCAUCUACAGUUUGAAAGUGAAACCUGAUCGGUACUCAUGGAGGACAAAACUAUUUUGUUGUCCAUUAUACUUCUGCAUGCAUGUACUGCCACCUUUAACGAUAGUUCUGUAAGCAGCUUUGAACAGACUGAUGAGCCAACUGAUGACAGUGAGUCUUUAACGCAGAUGUCUGACGAACUCGGUUCAGUGUCACCAGAUGCUGGCUGUGUUCUGCCGUCUUGCUACAAAAACAUCAUUAUUCUUAACUCUUCAUCAAUACAGAGUGAUGACUACAAUUUUCCUGCUCCAGGUGUGUUUUUAGCCACUCCUAUGAAUAAGAACAGUAAAAAAAGAUUUAACAUCUCAGACAAAGCUACUGACUUCCUUAAAGGCCUACUGGUCACACGUAUCAUGCCCUCGUUCUACAUCAUCAUCAUCCUCAUUAGUUUGCCCCUGAAUGCUUUGGCCUUGGUAAGGUUCACCUGUAAGAUUCAAGAGAAGAAACCAGCAGUGAUCUACAUGUCUCACCUGGCGUGUGUGGACCUGCUCUUCACCCUGCUGCUGCCUCUGAAGAUCCACUACCAGCUGAACGCUUCAGAUUGGGUGUUCGGUGAGGCGGCGUGUCGUGUGGUCAGUGCAGCUUACUACUGCUACAUGUACUGCUCCAUACUGCUGAUGAUGUGCAUGAGUGUGGACAGGCUGCUGGCCGUGGUGUUUCCCAUCGCCUCUCUGACCUGGAGGAGCACAAGGAAAGCCACAUGUGUAUGUGUGCUGGUCUGGCUGCUGGCGCUUGCUGGUACAGUGCCACUUCUCUUAGUGAGACAAACAGUUAAUACUGAAAAUAUUGGCAUCACCUGCCAUGAUGUGCAACGCAAAAAUGACAUUACAGUAAUGUAUUAUGUGUACCUGUUCUUCCUCCUCUCCUGCCUCUACUACUUUGUGCCACUAAUCAUCACCUUAGUGAGCUACUCUACCAUCAUAUAUGCGCUCCGUGUAAAGUCUGAUCUCUUAGCUACAUCAUCCUCAUCUUCAGACAGCCGAAGGAGAGCUGUGAUUAUGGCUAUCGCCGUGCUGACUGAGUUUGGAUUGUGCUUUGCUCCAUCCAAUGGCAUCCUGUGGUACCACUGUUAUCUUUUAGCUAAUGGAUUCAACAGGGGGGAGGGAGAUUCAUCAUAUUUUGAUUUGUUGGUUGCUUUGUGUUUGGGGAGCACAAGUGCUUUUCUGGACCCUCUGCUGUAUUACUACGGCUCGUCUCAGAGCAGACAGAAGAUCAGCUCUGUGUUUAGGAGGGAAAAAACAACCACACCAUGUAACACACAGACAAAAUCCACAGAUGUCACUAAAACCAGGCUUUUGGUAAAGUGCUAAAAAAAAAUGAUCAAAUAUGUGGUUUCCAUAAAUUGCAUUUUCAAUAUAUUAUAUAUAUCUUGCAUCAAUUGUUAAAAUGGUAAUACUUGUUGAGUUUGUCUGAUCAAAAGCAGAAGGGACAUGUAACAGUUGCCUAGUCAUAGAUGUCUUUUGCAAUACUUAGAUAAGGUUUUACUUCCCUAUUUUAGAUGUCAUUUUUUUCACACUGUCUUUGACUCAUAAACUUCAGCAGGUUGUUUUUGCUAUAAAACUGUUAAGACUUCUAUAUCUAAAUGUCUGGAUUCUGUGAGUGCAGUUUACACGGUCAUUCUUCAGUGAUGUUGCUGAGUACUGGAAAAGCAUUGAUAUGUAAAAUGAGGGAAGGCCAUAUGACUUUCAAAGAAAGGAGGUCUUGAUUUUUUUCACAAAAUAGUAGUGAAAUAGUA